CGUUUAGUUACGUAAGAUCUAAAUAACUAGGGCUCCAUUUGCGUAUAGCAAAGUCCUAAACCAGGUCAGGUUCCGACUUUCUCCGGUCGACUUCCGAUCAACAAAUCUUAUAAACUGAAACCCCCACAAGUAUAACCUCCACUCCAGGGUCGCCACCUGGCAAAGGCGAAUCAUAUCCAAGAAGAAUAACGUUUCAAAUUCAACAAUCAAAAUGGCUGCAUCAGAAGAUAACAAUACUCUUUUUCCAAUCUUUAUCUUCUCCAUAUUGGCUCUUCCUUUAGUACCUUACACAAUAUUCCAGUUAUACUAUUUAGCUACAAAGAAGGCCAAAAUCGCCAAGUGUCAAUGUUCAGUCUGCUUACAAUCUGGAAAAUACCACAAGUCUAUAUUUAGACGUAUAUCAAACUUUUCAACCUAUAGCAACUUGACUCUUCUUAUGCUAUGGGUGAUCAUGGUUAUUCUUGGAUUAGAACAUGGAGCUACAGAUUCAGAAAUCAAGAAAGCAUAUAGGAGACUUUCCAUCCAAUAUCACCCUGAUAAAAAUCCAGAUCCAGAGGCACAUAAUUAUUUUGUGGAAUAUAUAUCCAAGGCUUAUCAAGCUCUAACAGAUCCAAUAUCACGUGAGAAUUUUGAAAAAUAUGGUCAUCCUGAUGGCAGACAGGGGCUACAAAUGGGAAUUGCUCUCCCUCAGUUUCUAUUGAAUAUUGAUGGGACAUCAGGGGCAGUGAAUUUACUUGGAAUUGUUGGAAUUUGCAUUAUUAUGCCCUUGGUGAUGGCUGUUAUGUACUUAUCAAGAUCAUCUAAAUAUACUGGAAACUAUGUCUUGAAGCAUACUCUAUCUGCAUAUUUCUAUCUAAUGAAACCCUCUUUGGCUCCAAGUAAGGUGAUGGAUGUGUUCAUAAAAGCUGCUGAAUACAUGGAGAUUCCAGUGCGUAGAAGUGAUGGAGAGCCUCUUCAGAGACUUUUUGUUCUUGUCAGAAGUGAAUUAAAUCUUGACCUUAAAAAUAUUAAACAAGAACAAGCUAAAUUUUGGAAGCAGCAUCCUGCUCUAGUCAAGACUGAGUUAUUAGUUCAAGCUCAAUUAACUCGUGAGUCAGGAUGUCUGACUCCAUCUUUACAACGUGAUUUUAGACGUAUACUUGAAGUUGCUCCUCGCCUUCUUGAAGAGUUAAUGAAGAUGGCGGUUCUACAGCGGCCCCCACAUGGACACGGGUGGCUGAGACCUGCAAUUGGGGUGGUUGAGCUCUCACAGUGUAUAAUACAGGGAGUUCCAUUAAGUGCAAGAAAGCCAGUUGGAGGGUCUGUUGAAGGAAUUGCUCCUUUUUUGCAACUCCCGCAUUUCAGUGAGGCUGUUCUUAAAAAGCUUGCCAGGAAGAAAAUCCGUACUUUCGAGGACUUCCGCGACCUAACCCAACAAGACCGCUUCGACCUCCUAACAAAAACCGCGGGCUUCACCCCACUCCAAUCCCAAGACAUCGAAACCGUGCUCGAGACAUUACCAUCAAUAACCUUCGACAUCAAAUGUGAAACCGAAGGCGAAGAAGCAAUCCAGGAGGGCGAUAUCGUAACUAUGCGUGGUUGGGUCACACUCAACCGCUCCAACCACAAAAUCCGUUCCCUCCCACAUUGCCCAAACUACCCUUUCCACAAAGAAGAAAACUUUUGGCUCCUUUUAGCGGACCCCACAUCCAACAGCGUAUGGAUCUCCCAAAAAGUGAGCUUCAUGGACGAAUCCGCCGCCCUAAUCGCCGCCCCGAAAGUAAUCCGGGAGUCGAAAGAGUGGGCGGGAGCCACCCCGAAGGAGUUGAAUUUGGCGGUGAAGGAGGCGGUGGAGAAGGUGAGGAAUGGGUCGAGGUUGGUGAUUGGGCGGUUCUUGGCGCCGGAGGAAGGGACGUAUAAUUUGACUUUGUUUUGUUUGAGUGAUUCGUGGUUGGGGUGUGAUACGAAAAUGAGUUUGAAGUUGAAGGUGUUGAAGAGGAGUAGGGCGGGGAUGAGAGGUGGGGUGGUGGUGGAGGAGGGUGUAGAGGAUGGUGGUGAGGAGGAGGAAGUGGAGGAGGAUGAGUUGUAUGAUGAUGAUGAGAGUGAGUAUAGUGAAGAUGAAGCCGAUGUGGAACAUGAGGUUGUGGAUGAUGAUGAUGAUGAUGAUGUGAAUGAUAAUGAUAAUGAUAAUGAUAAUGAUAAUGAUAAUGAUGAGGAUAAGAAAGAGAAUUAGAAGAUAGUUUUCUUUUUUUUUUCUUUUUAAUAUAUACUUUGGUUUGUAAGUUAUGACUUUGGACUGAAUUUUCAAAAUUUGUUUAGAACAUUUCAUAAUAAUUAAUGUCUUUAAAGUAGAAUCCAU